GAGGCGCCGGCGGUGUGCGAGGCGGAGCUCGGGGGAGCCCGGCUGGCUGCUGCAGGCGGAGGGCGGGCAGGGAGAGAGCCGCCCUCCUGAUCUCCUCCCGCGGCCGGCGAGCAGCCCGCAGAGGGACGCGGGCUCCCGGCGCUCCGCAUAAAAAAUGGCAUUUCAGAAGGCAGUGAAAGGAACUGCUCUCAUUGGAGGAGGUGCCAUAGCAACAGUUUUUGGCCUCUCUCAAUUUUCUCAGCAUAGAAACAAACACGGCGCCCUGGUGCAGGUGCAGGCUGCGGAGGCCGUCCCGGGCAGGAAGGAGCAUCUCCCCACGCGGGAGCAGCAGCUGGCGGCCCUGCAGAGCGGCGCAGAGUUCGACGUGCUGGUCAUCGGCGGGGGAGCCACGGGCUGCGGCUGCGCCCUGGACGCAGCCACCAGAGGACUGAAAACAGCCCUUCUAGAAAGAGAUGAUUUCUCAUCGGGGACCAGCAGCAGGAGCACUAAAUUGAUCCAUGGUGGGGUGAGGUACCUCCAGAAGGCCAUCAUGAGGUUGGAUUUCGAGCAGUACAGGAUGGUGAAGGAGGCCCUGGAGGAGCGUGCACACCUGCUGCAGAGCGCGCCCCACCUCUCAGGUGCACUGCCCAUCAUGCUGCCCAUCUACAAGUGGUGGCAGCUGCCCUACUACUGGAUUGGGAUCAAGCUGUAUGACCUGGUGGCAGGCAGGCAGUGCCUGAAGAGCAGCUACGUCCUGACCAAGAGCCGGGCCCUGGAGCUGUUCCCCAUGCUGCGCCGGGACAAGCUGGUGGGAGCCAUUGUCUACUACGAUGGACAGCACAACGACGCGCGCAUGAACCUGGCCAUCGCCCUGACCGCCGCCCGCUACGGCGCUGCCACCGCCAAUUACACCGAGGUGCGGCACCUGCUCAAGUGCUCGGACACGGGCCGCGUCUGCGGCGUGCGCUGCAGGGACGUGCUCACCGGGAAGGAGUUCGAUGUCAGAGCCAAGUGUGUUAUCAAUGCCACGGGACCUUUCACAGACUCAGUCCGCAAAAUGGAUGAUCAGGAGGUGCCCAACAUCUGUCAGCCCAGUGCAGGCGUGCAUAUCGUGAUGCCUGGUUAUUACAGCCCUGACAACAUGGGGCUGCUGGACCCGGACACCAGCGAUGGCAGAGUGAUCUUCUUCCUGCCCUGGGAGAAGAUGACGAUUGCAGGGACCACAGACAGCCCCACGGAUGUCACUGCCCACCCCAUCCCCACCGAGGAGGACAUCAACUUCAUCCUGUGCGAAGUGCGCAACUACCUGGGCCCCGACGUGGAAGUGAGAAGAGGAGAUGUGCUGGCAGCCUGGAGCGGCAUCCGGCCCCUGGUGACCAACCCCGACUCCAAGGACACCCAGUCCCUGUCCCGGAACCACGUCGUGACCAUCAGUGACAGCGGCCUCAUCACCAUUGCAGGUGGGAAGUGGACGACCUACCGUGCCAUGGCCCGGGACACCAUCGACGCGGCUGUGCGCGAGCACAACCUGGAGGCAGGCUCCUGCAGAACCAUGGGGCUGCAGCUCGAGGGGGCCCAGGACUGGAGCCCCACGCUCUACAUCAGACUGGUGCAGGACUAUGGACUGGAGAGUGAGGUGGCUCAGCACCUGGCUUCCACCUACGGGGACAAGGCUUUUGAGGUGGCCAAAAUAGCCCAGGUGACAGGGAAGAGGUGGCCUAUUGUUGGGAAACGUCUGGUAUCUGAAUUUCCUUACAUUGAAGCAGAGGUGGUGUACGGGGUGAAGGAGUACGCGUGCACGGCCGUGGACAUCAUCUCGCGCCGCACGCGCCUGGCCUUCCUCAACGUGCAGGCUGCCGACGAGGCCCUGCCCCGCAUCGUGGACAUCAUGGCCAAGGAGCUCAACUGGAGCGAGCAGAAGAAGAAGGAGGAGCUUGAAACGGCUAAAACAUUCCUGUACUAUGAAAUGGGCUACAAAGUGAAAACAGAUCAAUUAACAGACAGCUCUGAGAUCAGCCUGGUGCCUGCAGACAUUGAGAGGUACAAGAAGCGGUUCCGCAUGUUUGACAAGGACAAGAAGGGCUUCAUCACCAUCCUGGACGUGCAGCGUGUGCUGCAGAGCAUCAGCGUGCAGAUGGACGAGAACACCCUCCACGAGAUCCUCAAUGAGGUGGAUCUCAACAAAAACGGGCAGGUGGAGCUCAACGAGUUCCUGCAGCUGAUGAGUGCCAUCCAGAAGGGCCGAGUGUCGGGCAGCAGGCUGGCCGUGCUGAUGAAGAGUGCCGAGGAGAACCUGCGGCGCCAGGCCAUCCCCGUGGACCGCAGCGGAGGCGGGCUCUGAGCUCUGAGCUCUGGGCGGGGCUCCUGGCCCCGGGGCAGCUCUCCCAAGUGACUCUGGUGCGUUUGUCCUCCUCAUUCAUGCUCUCCUUGCUGCCCCGGGACGUGCCUGGCUGGGCUGUGCCGGCAGGAGCUCGGCCGUGCAGGCUGCAGGGCUUGGGGGCACACUCAGCACGUCCCUGGCCAUUCACCUUUGUGCCGUGCUCAGAGUGGAUCCUGCCCCAGCCAUUCACGUUUGCAGCAUCCUCACCUUCAGAGCACGCCGUGCUCAGAGUGAAUCCUGCCCCAGCCAUUAACGUUUGCAGCGUCCUCACCUUCAGAGCACGCCGUGCUCAGAGUGGAUCCUGCCCCAGCCAUUAACGUUUGCAGCACCUUCACCUUCAGAGCACCCCGUGCUCAGGGUGAAUCCUGCCCCAGCCAUUAACAUUUGCACCCCAGGUGAAUCCUGGGUGAACCCAGGCAGGUGAGUCCUGCCCUUAAACGCUCUGAGUUCUGCAAACACAAAAUCUCUGAGCUGCUUCUGCCUCUUCACCAAGGAGCAAGAGAGGGGAAGCUGUGUUCUGAGGGCAGACACCAUUCCAAAGGAGCAAACCCAGCACUCCUGGGGGUGCUGGAGACCUGUCCUGAGCCUGCUGUGGGUGGUGGGUUUGCCCUGUUGUUCCAGUGGCCACUCAGAAAUUGCAGCUGGAAAACAGGACACCUGGAUUAAUCACCCGAGGUAAUAAUGUAGCUGAGAGCUGGGCACAGCUUCCCUUCUCCACUGUUAACACAAAUAAACUGCCUCUAAUAAAUGGCAUUGUCUGCAGCUGGUGCUUUGUGCAGUGAAAUAAAGGCAAAAGGUGUUUUAUUCUAAAAAGAGCUUCAAGUUUGGGGCAAACCCUGAUGCUCUGUAGGAUGGGGCAGGUUUUGGUAGCACAACAUUCUUAAAUGUUAAUUUUAAAAUGCUCAAAUGCGGUGAAAAAAACAAAGUGUGUGUUUUGCAUCCUACUAACUUUUCUAGAAAAAAAAAAGGCUGUUUUUCAGCAGGCUAAAUGAAAAACCAAAGCUUGGAGCCCUCACUGGAGCUGUUUCCAGCACUGCUGUACCUGCCUGUUGUCCUCCUGCUGCUGGGCUGGGCUGAGAUCAGCUGGGACAUUGCUGCUGAUGUAGAACAAGGCAGGGAAAGCUUUGCUGCUGGAUUUGGCAUCUGCUGUAUUCCCUGAGUAGAGCAAUUUCCACCUCAAACCAAGCUUCACUUCCCAGGGGUCAGAAUUUCUGCUGGAGUAAAAUUUGGUGUAUUUAACUGGUAUCACCAUGUCCACUGAUGGAAAAUAGCAUCCAUCAGGGAUGCCCAGCAGGGCAGGAGUGAACAGCAAGGAUUCCUUGGAUAUUUUAACAGGGAAAGUGGCUUCAGACACAAAUGGAGGUGCUGGGGACUGGUGGGAUGUAGCACAGUGAGUGCAGAUGCUGUCUCUGGCUGCAGAAGCAGAGCCCUUAAAAAAAAUAAAUAAAACAUUUGGGUGUUGGAAAACAGUAGAUACAAAAAAAGGGGUAAGACUGACCUAAAAUGAGUUCGUAAAAUGGUUCAGAUGGUUUUUGCAUGUUCAGUUUGUUUUUUGAUGCAGAUGUUGUUUGGGUUCUGGCUUUGUGCUUCGAGCAGGGGCUGAGGAAGGGGGAGUUGGCACGUCUGGCACCACAAGGACCUUUCACUGAACAAAGGGGUUUGUUCCUGUGGCCCUGUAGGCUUUUCCUUUUGAGCUGUGUUCCAGAAUAUUCAGGUGAAGGAUAGGAUGUGUGUGUCCCAAACGCACAGUGGCAGAUCUCACAUGUCCUGCAGGAUGGAGGGAAUUGAAUGUACCACACACAGGCAUUCUGGCUCAGUGGGCAAGGGAAGGGGUUCAGGAUUCUGCUCUUAACAAAAGUGUAAGGGGAAAUAAAGUAAAAGUCAUGAGAUCUUUUCCAGGCCACGGGAAGAAAAAACUAUUUCCAAUGUUGAACAGGUUUUUUGUAAAGAAAAAAUAUUUUCACUAUAGAACAGCUUUUGUACAGUUUAAAGAGAAAUUCUCCACUCCUCUCUAACUGGCAUUGUUAAAAUAAUAGCCUGAACUUCCCUGGAAAGCAGGAUUUCUGUGUUGCACCCAAAGUAUGCUCUUUGCUCUCCUGUUUUGCUGUCUUGCACCUGGACUGUGGCUGUGGGUUCCCCUGGCUGUGUGUGUCCCUGGACAUGGAUUGCCCUGCCAUGGGGCACUCGUGUCCCCUCCUGCUGCCCUGCACGGGCCUGCAGAGGCAGGGAUAGCUGCCCGUGUCCCCAGCAGUCCCUGCCAGCUCUCAGUGUUCGUGUCCCCUCGUUGUGCCUGCAGGAAUUGGCUUUGCUCUCUGGGCCCUGUGACGUGCAUGCACUGUGGAACAGUUGAGAGGUGUCACUGCCUUGCCGUGCUGGGAAAGCAGCAAUGGGGCUGUGUGUGUGAAGGGAGGAUUCCUGGGGUUUCUGUGGGUAUUUUGUAUUGUAAAUAACCUGUGGGGAGGGGGAUCCCUGCAGUGUUUGGGUGUAUAAAUACGUGUACAGACACACUGCAGGUUUCCACGUGGCACUAAGGUUUGUUGUCAGGUUCCUGUUGCAGCCUGGGCUGUUCAAUGCUGUGUUUGAAGCUGGGUUGUCAUUUUUAUAACUGUCUUGGUGUUUUCCUGCCAUUAUUUAUUACCUUUGAUAUCUGGAAUGAGCCGCAUGCGUUUAUUGAGCAAUAAGAGGAUGUAUUUAAUGUGCCUUGUUUUUAACUGAGUAAGGACUGAAAGCAUGAAUCAAUAAAAGUGGCUAAAAAACUUC